CUUGUGGUAUAUUUAUCUUUGGUGUUAAAUGGAGUAGCUUAGUAGAAAAGGUGCGUAGAAGAUUCUUGAUUGUAUGGUCGUUGAUUGUACCUGCAAGUUGAAUUCUUAUGAAUACGCUAUAGUGUGCACGGUCGCUAGCGUUGCAUGAGAACCCCGUAGGCGUAGCGUUGCAAUGGCUGCGUACGUGAGCCGCACGUUCUCGCUGGCGUCCGGGGACUCCCCCGCGGCACGUAGCCCCGCCCCUGCCAUGUCGCUGGUCGACUCCCGCUCACUGCCCGAUGCCUCUCCGCUGCAGGUGUUCGUCAAAGCCAAGAAGAAGAUCAACGACAUCUUUGUGGAGAUCGAGGACUACGUGCAAGAUGCUGUCGGUUACAUGCGCGGCAUGCAGCACGACCGCAGCAUCGUCUCGCCGGAGGACACGACGCGGGUCGAAUCCUACACCCUGAAGGUGCGCGGCAUAAGGGACGUGCUCACACGUGAUCACAUGAAGGUGGCCUUCUUUGGCAGAACGAGCAACGGCAAGAGCACGGUGAUCAACGCAAUGCUGCGGGAGAAGAUCCUCCCGAGCGGGAUCGGCCACACGACCAACUGCUUCCUGCAGGUCGAGGGCUCGGACAACGGCGAGGCCUACCUCUGCACGGAAGGCUCGUCAGAGCGACAGAACGUGAAGUCGGUGGGGCAGCUGGCUCACGCGCUCUGCAAGGAGAAGCUGGGGGAGAGCCAGCUGGUGCACAUCUUCUGGCCGAAGGACAAGUGCCUUCUGCUGCGUGACGACGUCGUCUUCGUCGACUCUCCCGGCAUCGACGUGUCGCCCAACCUGGACGAUUGGAUCGACCGCCACUGCCUCGAUGCGGACGUUUUCGUGCUGGUCGCCAACGCAGAGUCCACGCUCAUGCUCGCGGAGAAGAACUUUUUCCACAAGGUGUCGAUGCGGCUCUCCAAGCCCAACAUCUUCAUCCUGAACAACCGCUGGGACGCGUCGGCCACGGAGCCCGAGUUCCUGGACCAGGUGCGACAGCAGCACACGGAGCGCGCGGCAGACUUCCUGGUGAAGGAGCUGAAGGUGUGCAACCAGAGGGAGGCGGCGGAGCGCAUCUUCUUCGUGUCGGCCAAGGAGGCGCUGCAGGCACGCCUGCAGGAGCAGAGGGGCCUGCCCCCGCACACCGGGGCGCUGGCGGACGGCUUCCCCAACCGCUACUUCGAGUUCGAGGACUUUGAGCGCAAGUUCGAGGAGUGCAUCUCCAAGUCGGCGGUGCGGACCAAGUUCCAGCAGCACUCGCAGCGCGGCAAGCUGAUAGCCACGGAGAUCCGCGAGGUGAUGGACGCCACGUACGAGCGCGCACAGCAGCUGAAGAACGACAAGGCGGUGGGCAAGAAGGAGAUCUACGACAAGCUCAACUUCACGGAGCAGCAGCUGCUCAUGCUGACGCAGGAGAUGAAGGACAAGAUCCACCGCAUGGUGGAGGACGUGGAGCAGCGGGUGUCGAAGGCACUGAGCGAGGAGAUCCGGCGGCUGUCCGUGCUGGUGGACGAGUUCAGCGUGCCGUUCCACCCCGAGCCGCUGGUGCUGAACGUGUACAAGAAGGAGCUGCACGGCCACGUGGAGCAAGGCCUGGGCAGCAACCUGCGCGCGCGCCUCUCCACCGCGCUCGCCCUCAACAUAGAGAACAGCCAGCGCGAGAUGACGGAGCGCAUGACCGCGCUGCUGCCGGCCGACAAGAAGCACGUGUCCCUCACCGUGCUGCCACGGCGCGAGCCCUUCGAGAUCCUGUACCGCCUCAACUGCGAGAACCUGUGCGCCGACUUCCACGAGGACCUGGAGUUCCGCUUCUCGCUGGGCCUGACGUCGCUCAUCGCGCGCUUCGCGGGGCGCGGCGCGCACAAGCUGGCCGUGCGCAACUACGCCUCCAUGGUGUCGCGCGACCUGCUGUCGCCCUCGGACACGGGCGACACGUCGCUGGCCGUGCACCCGGCCGCGCACUUCUCGGACAGCCUCUCCACCUGGUCCACCGUCGCGCUCGCCUCCGUCGGCUCGCAAGGCACCGUGGGCGGGCUGCUCAUCGCCGGCUUUAUGCUGAAGACGGUGGGCUGGCGCCUGAUCGCGGUGACGGGCGCGGUGUACGGCUGCCUGUACCUGUAUGAGCGCCUCACCUGGACCAACAAGGCGAAGGAGCGCAGCUUCAAGCGGCAGUACGUGAGCCACGCCACCAAGAAGCUGCGGCUCAUCGUGGACCUGACCUCUGCCAACUGCAGCCACCAGGUCCAGCAGGAGCUGUCCAGCACGUUCGCGCGGCUGUGCCACCUGGUGGACGAGGCCACCAACGACAUGCACGCGGACAUAACCACCCUGGACAAGGAGCUGCGCCAGCUGGAGGAGGCGGCCGGCUCCGCCAAGGUGCUGCGCAACAAGGCCAACUACGUCACCAGGGAGCUGGAGAUCUUCGAGGAGGCCUACCUGCGCAGCUAGUGUCCCCGUGCCUCCUCUACCUCCUCCCCUCGUCCCCCGCUAGUCGUCGUUCGAGCCGCACUGCUGCUGCAAUAAAGUUACCUGUCGCUGUG